AUGUUUGGGGGAAAAAUGACCAGCAUUGGGAAGAAGUUGAUCCGCCGGCGCGUGGUGGAUCUGAGCUCCGAGGACACGCGUUUCGCUCGCUGCCUCUCCACACUGGACCUCAUAGCCCUGGGUGUGGGCAGCACCCUAGGGGCUGGCGUGUACGUGCUGGCCGGGGAAGUGGCCAAGGAUAUGGCUGGUCCCUCCAUUGUCCUCUGCUUCCUCGUGGCUGCUCUCUCAUCAGUACUGGCCGGGCUCUGCUAUGCAGAGUUUGGGGCUCGCGUCCCCAAGACUGGCUCUGCCUACCUCUACAGCUAUGUCACCGUUGGUGAGAUCUGGGCUUUCACAACUGGCUGGAACCUCAUCCUCUCCUACGUGAUAGGUACGGCCAGUGUGGCUCGAGCCUGGAGUGCAGCAUUUGACAACAUAAUUGGCAACCACAUCUCCACCUUCUUCACGAACACAACCACAAUGCACCUGCCAGGGGUGCUGGCCAAGCACCCGGACUUCUUUGCUGUGAUCCUGAUUGGUCUGCUCACUGUGCUGCUGGCCUUUGGCGUCAGUGAAUCUGCCCUUGUGAACAAAAUCUUCACGGCAGUGAACCUGGUGGUGCUGGGCUUUGUCAUCAUCGCUGGCUUUGUGAAGGGAGACAUCAAGAACUGGCAGCUCUCUGAGGAGGACUACAUCAACCGCUCAUACGUAGGCCCGCUGUUUGACAUCCGGAAAGAAAACUUUGGCUCUGGUGGGUUUGUCCCCUUUGGACUGGAAGGGAUCCUGACCGGGGCUGCCACCUGUUUCUAUGCCUUCGUGGGCUUUGACUGCAUCGCCACCACAGGGGAGGAAGCCAGGAACCCACAGCGCUCUAUUCCCAUCGGCAUCAUUGUGUCCCUCCUCAUCUGCUUCGUGGCUUAUUUUGGGGUCUCUGCAGCUCUGACCCUCAUGGUGCCCUACUUCCUUCUGAACAAGGAGAGCCCGCUGCCUGAGGCUUUCAAGGCAGUGGGCUGGGAGCCUGCCCGCUACGCAGUUGCCGUCGGCUCACUCUGUGCCCUCUCCACCAGCUUGCUGGGCUCCAUGUUCCCCAUGCCCCGUGUGAUCUACGCCAUGGCAGAGGACGGGCUGCUCUUCAAGUUCCUCUCCAGCAUCAACAGCCGCACAAAAACCCCUCUGUUAGCCACCAUCACUUCAGGGCUCCUUGCGGCCAUGAUGGCCUUCCUGCUUGACCUGAAGGACCUGGUGGACCUCAUGUCAAUUGGCACGCUGCUGGCUUACUCCCUGGUGGCAGUGUGCGUGCUCAUCCUCCGGUACCAGUUCGGGCAGCUGAACUCCUCAAAGGCCAUGGAAAUGCUGGAGCUGACUGGGAAUGAGGAGGAGAGGGUGGUCAUGAACCCGGCCAUCACUCCGGUGACCCUCUUCAACCCGCCCACAGCCACCCCCACUGCGCUCUCGGGGCGCAUCGUCUACAUCUGUGUCUCAGUCAUUGCUACACUGAUCACAGUCAUCUGCGUGGUCCUGACACUUCAGGUGACUGCACUGAAGGAGGCCAAUGUGGGCUGGAUUGUGGCCCUGGUGCUGCUCCUUGUGGCUCUGCUCAUUCCCAUCAUCAUCGUUUGGAGGCAGCCACAGAGCAACGUGCGGUUGAACUUCAAAGUGCCUUUCCUCCCACUCCUGCCAGUCUUCAGCAUCUUUGUUAACAUCCUGCUGAUGGUACAGUUGAGUGCUGGCACCUGGGUGCGUUUUGCCAUCUGGAUGGCUCUGGGUUUUAUAAUUUACUUUGGCUAUGGGAUUCGGAACAGCGUGGAAGGGAAAAACACGGAGGAGCCCCGUGCCACAGUAGAAAAGCCUCUGCACCACCCUGGACUGGACCUUAGCCCUGGGGCUGCGGCAGUCUGA